AUGUCUUCGAUAAUUGAAAUACCAAAUGCAUGUUUUGAAUCCAUGAGUAUUUGCAAUAAGCACAGGAUCGUGUCAUUGGCUGGGAAAAGAAGCUCAGUAAUUGUAUCAUACAGAGAUGGCCUCAAGGUUGUUCAAAGAAUUCUUGACGAGCAUCCCGAUGAGAACUUUCAAUGCAGUGAGUUCUUUAUGGCGGGGAACGAUAUCUCGCUUGCACUUGGAGGCAAGCUUGGGAUCAUAAAAAUGGUGAACUUAUCCAAGGGAACAUUUAUAGGGCACAUUAAGGCUCAUGGAGGAAGCAUUUCCUCAAUCAAAAGAUACAAGGACAAGUAUCUGCUAAGCUGCAGCGAAGACACAACAAUAAAGAUGUGGGAUAUUUCUGAACUAGCAUGCGUCUGUAUAUUUGGAGGUUAUAGUGGGCACAGGGAUUAUGUCUUAUCAAUAGAUGUGAGUAAUGAUAUGAGGUACCUGGCAUCCUGUGGAACAGACUGUUCGAUAAAAAUAUGGAGGAUUCCAUCAUAUUUGAACAAACUGGAAUGCACAACUCCGAUUUAUUCAUCCACACAUGAAUGUAGGUUUCCCAUCGAAUGCAUCAGGUUUUAUGGAGAGCUUCUUGUUUUCUAUUCGGGAGAAAAGAGAAUCCAUGUCAUUUCUCUGAAAUACGAAGAAUCAAAGUCUUCGGCAGAGGCCUUGCUUGCUGGAGAAAUCAUACUAGAGGAACGAUUACUUCGGAAGUUUGAUAUAAGCGGGAGUACACUGGUGGCUUUAAUAGAAUCACAAGACGUAAUUAUGUUUGACAUGAAUGAUAUUGGAUUUAGAUCACAUCCUAAAACAUUGAAAUCUUUUAAAAGAAAAAAGGUCCAAGACUUUUGUGCUGUUGGGGAUCAGAUAUUCAUCCUGCUUGAAGACUCGCGUUUUAUGACAAUGGAUCUCACAUGA